AUGGAGUUUAUAGAUUAUCAAGACUUCAGUGUUGCAGACACAAUUGCAUCCGAAACACCUACUGGUGACUCGUUGCCUGAACCAAUGCAACGUCUCAAUCUGUCAACAUAUACAGGAAACCCAUCUGUAAGUUCAAUGGAUACAAAUUUUAAACUACCCGACAUAAUUUCUUCCGAUUCAAAGUUCGCAAAUGUUACGCUAUAUGAUAAAAUGAGUCAAUACGCUGCCAUAUCUAUCAAGGCAUUAAAUUCUAACGACAAUGAAGGCAAAGUUACACAAGAUAUUGGCCAUGAUAAUUUGACAAAGAUUCCGACCACAAAGAAUCAUGAUAGUAACAAAAUUGUACGCGAUUUAAAUAAUAUGGUAAGCAGAUCAUCAGUAGAUCUGAAGAGUCUUGACACUAAAAAUUUAGUUUUGUCCAAAAAACUUUCCAAGAUAUUAAAUGAUUAUAACUCCAGUAAUUAUAAGAGUACUAUUGAAUUAAAGAGAAAUUUGAAAUUUUUGGAAGAAAACAAAAGCAAUAUUUUGCUAGAUAAAGAAAAAUUAAUUAGUUCCGAAUAUACUGGUACUCUAAGUAGAAAGACAUUGAGAAGUGAUAUUGAAAAUGAAGUCUUAAAAGAACACAUCAAAGUUCUUGAAGAGUUUAGACCUAUAAUUCGGAGGAUGAAAAGGUUUUCUGGACCAUUAGAUAAAAUCAGGGAUGAGUCUAGAUUUAUACUUUCUGAAACCGAAGAUCAAUCUCAGGGAAAAAAUAGAAAUAUAAGAUUAUUAAAUACAAUCGAUUCACUAAGAAAUGAUAUGGAGCUUAUUAAAUUAAAGAAAAAAUUGUUACUAGCAAUAAAGGAAAAAUUCACCUUGAAUCAAGUCGAGGACGACAUUAUUAUUAAUGGUAAGAUAAAUAACGAAUAUUUUGACGUUUUGAAUAAGGUAAUCAAAAUAAAUGAACAUGCUACAUAUCUUCUUGCUCUACCUCAAGAUAAAGCCGGUGGUGCUUUGAUUGAAAAAGUAAACAGAUAUAAUGGUAUAAUCAGCAAGAAAAUUUUCAAUUAUCUUAUGGAUUUCAUUUAUAAUUUUGAGUCCAAUGAAUGGAGUACAUUUGAUAGACAAUAUGAAAAUGUUUACAAUACCAAAACUUUCCACAGAGCAUUGGUUUAUCUUUCCAACGAUUUGGAAUUUUUUCAAGAAUUUAUCAACAAAGUUACAUCGGUCAGAUCAAAGAGUUUCCUGGAUAAAUUUUUAUCUCAGUUUGAUAUAAAUAAGAAGAAGAACAAUGAUAUUAAACCAAUUGUACUUUCUGCACAUGACCCCAUUAGGUAUAUUAGUGAUCUACUGGCUUCCAUACAUUCCCUAAUUGCAAAUGAAGCAGAUUUUGUGAAAUCGUUAUUUAAAUUCCAAUAUGAAGAAUUUGAAAAUACCCCUAAAUCUAUUCUUCAAGAAAAUCAAGCAGAAUUUUUAAACGGGUUAGAUAUUAAGUUAUUAAAUGAUAUUGUUCAAUCCAUAUCAAAUACAUGUAGGAUUAGAAUUGAACAAAUUAUUAGAUUCGAAGAAAGUGACACUAUUAAUUUUGAAAUCGUCCAACUGUUAGAAUUAUACCAUCUAAUGUUUGUCAAGAAGGGUAUAACUAAAGAGAAUGAAUUGAUUAAAAAUCUAGAUUCAUUGAAAAAGACCUCCAAUAAGAAAAUUAAAGUGUGCUUUACAAAAUUCUUAACUGAUAACAUUAAAUCAAUCCAAUAUGGAGAAAAUUCUGAUUUAUUACAACCAGAUUGGUUAUCAGAAUAUCUUAACAAAUUAGUUGAAUUUUUUGAACUUUAUGAAAGAAGAAAAGGUCCAUCCUCUUUUGAACCUGAUAUCGAUGAUCAGUUUUCUUCAGAUGAAGGAAACUCUACACUUGACAAGAAAAUGUUAGAUACAGUUGCAAAAGAACCAUUUUUAGUGACGUUAAUAAAACAAUUAAACGAUGCCUUCCCACAAGCUCGUAAAAAUGAACACACGAAACUUUCGUUGCUGACAGUAGAAAUUAAUUGCUUUGAUUUGAUAAAAACGAGAUUACAACCAUUUAAGAAUACCAUCUUAAAACCGCAUAACGACCAAGAAUCAAUAUUUGAUCUUGUGAAUGACAAAUUAAAGGACUUUGUUUCCCAAAUGAAAGAAAUACAAUCGAAAUUCCUAUUCGAGAGCACAGGACUAGGAAUGUACAAUAAUUUAUUUAAUAUGAUCUUCCCAAUUGAUUCCAUUCAAGAUGAAUUAGAUUACGAUAUGUAUUUAUCAUUAAAUGAAAAUCCAUUAAUGAGCCUGAGUACAAUCAAUGAAAAUGUACAUGAAAAACUGAAUGAAUAUAUACCACAGGCAAUGACAGACAUUCAAGAGAAACUAUUGUUUAAAUUAACAUCACCUUCCAUUGCGGAUGAGAUAAGUGAAAAUUGUUUUCAAAAAUUAUCUAAAUUUUAUGAUGUUUUCCAAAAAAUUUUAAUCCAUUUAAAUCCAGAAAAUGAACAACAUGUUCUUGAGAUUUUAAACUUCACUUCAAUUGAAUUUCAUACUUUACUUGGUCUAGAAUAG